GGCAGCCGAUUAAUGAUUCUCAUCAUUGAUGUUUUUUAUUUCUCUCUCCCUCUCCCUUCCUCUCUGAAAUCAAUAAAAAUAUAUUUUUAAAAAAUGAGCCCAAGAGCUUCCCCUCUGAUAAGGAAAAUAACAAGAGUACAGUAUAGACCAAGGAUGAAAAAGACCUCCUUUGAUCAGCCCUUCUUAGUUAGCAAGGAAGCUAAGAAAAUCAGUCCUUUUUUAAUUAGACCUCAAGGGAGAUGAAAACAAUAUGAAGAGGUGUAGGAUUGGCCUUAUGCAUUGAUAUGAGGUUUCCAAGCCAUGGAAAUCUCUGGCUGGAAUUGGCUCACAUCUAAAAACACUCGCUCUGAGCACAGAAAGACUGGACAGAUUUUGGACUCCUUUUAGUUCUAUGGUUGGUUGCAUACAGGUAUUUUUAUGUGCAAAGUGGCUAUUAGGGCCAUCAUUUUAAAUCUAACUUUUCUAGUUCUCAUGUCUAGUAGAGUGGUUUCCUUUUGUCCAGGGAUGACACCUUGCCUGCUGAGGAAGAAGAGAGAAGUCACCGGCCAUGAAGGGCUUUUUUUUAUAACCUCAGUGCAGUGCACUCAGCCAUCAGAGCUUACCUUUGGGCAGUGGAAUCAACCCAGGAGGAUGGGCUGUGGGUAAUGUGGACAAGAAUGGUUUGGUAAGCUGGGCUUGUCACAUAGUGCUGAUUCUGGCUACUGCAUACAGCAGACAUUUUUUUUUUUUUUGUCUCCAGCUUGCAUCCCUACCCCUAAUCUAUAAUCUCUUUUACACAGUCUUGAAUCAUACUUCUGAACUCACUUUAAGUACGGUUGGCUUGUUGCUUCUACCAAGCUUUUAAACUGAAACCACAGAAUAACUCCUGCUGGAGCUCAUUCUUCUGUUCUUUUUAUGGGACAGGAAUUACCUGCCAGCAGAUUGCUGAAGCUCCACGUAAAAACCUAUGCUCCAUGGAGGAGGGCACAAAAGAUCUAGGAACGAAUGUGUUUGGGCCAGGAAGCGUCCAUCACGGCCAGAAUCUUUCCCAUUGAGUAGCUCUGUGCCUACAAGUGGACAUGGGCAAUCCCUGGGAUGUGGAAUAUGGCACUGCCAACUUGAAUGUGUACACAUUAUUCUUUUUAGACAGCUGGCUUAUUUUCUUGAAUAGAGGUUAGCUUGCCAAUGUUUCCCCUUUAGCAGAGCAGAGAAUGUUCAAGAACUGGGUGCUUCUCCAGAAAACACUGGCCAUCCUGAGAAUCUCAGGGACUCAAAGCCGCUCUGAUGACAUUUAAGGAGCCUUCCUCUGAGGGCUGAACUUACCUCCCAGCAAGUGUGGAGCUGAAUCACUAAGGACACAAAUGGAAAGGGAGGGGCAAAAAGUGAAGGCUUUAUAUUUCCUCUUCAGGGACGCAGCUCCAAUCUCACCUACCAAACUGUCCACUUCACCACCAGAAAGCAACAAAGGUAGUGCUGGUCAUAAAAUGGAUUCCCUCAGCACAGCAAACAUUGAAUUUUGCCUUGAUGUGUUCAAAGAGCUGAACAAUAACCAUGUGGAAGAUAAUAUCUUCUUUUCCCCACUGAGUUUGCUUUAUGCUCUGAGUAUGAUCCUCCUUGGUGCCAGAGGAAACAGUGCAGAACAAAUGGAAAAGGUGCUUCACUUUAAUCAUAUUGCAGAAUCAUUAAAGCCAAAGUUUAAGGACUCAGCUAAGUGCAGCCAAACUGGAAGGAUUCACUCAGAGUUUGGUGCCCUAUUCUCUCAAAUCAACCAGCCAGACUCUAACUAUACCCUCAGCAUUGCUAACAGACUCUACGGGACACAGACAAAGGCAUUCUAUCAGCAAUAUUUAAGUUGUUCUGAGAAACUGUAUCAAGCCAGGCUUCAAGCUGUUGAUUUUCAAAAGUCUACGGAAGAAACCAGGAAAACUAUUAAUGCUUGGGUUGCAAGCAAAACUAAUGGAAAAAUUACAAACCUCUUUGGAAAGGGCACAAUCGACCCUUCUUCUGUGAUGGUCCUGGUGAAUGCCAUAUAUUUCAAAGGACAAUGGCAAAAUAAAUUUCUGGAAAGAGAGACGAUUAAAACCCCUUUUCGGCUAAGUGAGGGUAAGAGCGUAAUUGUGGAAAUGAUGUAUCAAGUGGGAAGGUUUAAAUUGGCCGUCAUAAAGGAGCCGCAGAUGCAAGUGCUUGAGCUGCCCUACGUGCAGGACAAACUAAGCAUGAUCAUCCUGCUUCCCAUGGGCACAGUGACUCUAGAACAGAUAGAGAAGCGGCUGAACUCGAAGAUGUUUCACAAGUGGACCAGCUCCUCCAACAUGAUGGAAAGGAAUGUCGAAGUCCAUUUGCCCCGAUUCAAACUGGAGAUCAAGUAUGAGCUGAAUUCCUUGCUAAAAUCCCUCGGGAUGACAGAUGUCUUCCACCAGAGUAAAGCUGAUCUGUCUGGAAUGUCACCAGCCAAGGGCCUGUAUCUAUCAAAGGUCAUCCACAAGUCAUAUGUGGAUGUCAACGAAGAGGGCACGGAGGCAGCAGCAGCCACUGGGGACAACUUCGUCAUGAAAAGACUCCCCAUCCGAGCUCAGUUCAUGGCGAACCACCCUUUCCUGUUCUUCAUAAGGCACACUGGCACCAACACCAUUCUCUUCUGUGGCAAGCUUGCCUCUCCCUAAGCAAAUGGGGUUGAGCAAGGCUCAGAGUCACAGAGGAGGUGCAGGGAUAAACCCAUGACUCUGAGCAGUUCCCACCUAUCACACCUUUGUGCCUCAGUUUGCUUGUCUGAAAAUGGGUUGAGGAUCUCUCCCAACUUAUUCCAUGAGUUAUUGAACCCUAAGAUUAUGAUAAUCAUGGAGGAAGGUAUAUUUACAGAAAAGGCUUUUCUGGUUCUCUUAUCUUUGGGGCCUCAUUUUAGUACUGUCUGGUGACAUAAUCAAGUCAUUGAGGGAAAUUUUAAAGAAUUACAUUUUCUUGACUUGUGUAUAUCAGUGAGUUCAGUGAGUUCUUGAAUAAGUGACCACUCCACCUCUAGAAAAACCAAUCAAAGGGUUCCCACUUUGGUUGGAUUUUAAAAUAUUGACAUUUUCCUUGCAUGUGUAAAUGUAACAUCCUGAAUUUUUGUUCAAAUUUCUGUAUUGACUAUAAUAAAUGCAUGAAAUGCCUUUGAAGCCA